AAGGAGAAAUUGGCUGCUAGAUGGACCACUGCCCCGCAAAUUGGACCCGUGUUUGAAGGAGGAGAUGAAUUAGCACAAAGUACUGGGAUAUUUAUUCAUAUUUGCCUUUGGGGGCUCAGUUUGUGAACUUUCUGGGAUCAACAAAAACUGGAGACCCAGAUCCCCCUCCCCUCUCCACUGGAACCGUUAUAACCUCCUCAUACUGGAAACACAAGCAGAAAUAAUGGAGAAGUCAAGAUGUAGGCAGCAGUUAGUAUUCAGCGUUCUCUUUGGGCUGUGGUUACCAUGCUCUCUGGCCCUGACGACACCAUCAAGCGCAACCACUCGGCCACCCACGCGGGCGCCCUCGCCAACGCCAACGCCCACACCGUCCCCGUCGCCGUCCCCCCAGUCCCCGACCGCACGGCUAAAGGUCAGACUGUCUGGAUACCCCCGAAAACACAACGAGGGUCGGGUAGAGCUUUUCCACAAGGGGGAGUGGGGAACCAUCUGUGACGACGACUUCUCAUUACAUAACGCCAACGUGCUCUGUCGCCAACUGGGCUUCGUCUCGGCCACGGGAUGGACCCACAGUGCCAAAUACGGCAAGGGCCAAGGGAAAAUCUGGCUGGACAACGUGCUGUGCAACGGAGGUGAGAAGAGCAUUGAACUCUGCAAGUCUCGCGGCUGGGGCAACAGCGACUGCACUCACGACGAGGAUGCCGGAGUUGUGUGCAAAGACGAGAGGAUCCCCGGCUUUGUGGAUUCGAACGUUAUCGACGCUCAAGUCGAUGAGACCAAGAUCGAGGAGGUGCGCCUCCGGCCCGUGGUCACCAUGUCCAGAAAGAAGCCGCCCAUCACGGAGGGCGUGGUGGAGGUGAAACACAAAGACGGCUGGGCGCAGAUCUGCAACCUGGGAUGGACGAUCAAAAACACGCACGUGGUCUGCGGCAUGCUGGGAUUCCCACACGAGAGGAAAGUCAACAAGAACUUCUACAAACUUCUGAAAAAGAGAGCAGCUGAGACGCUCUCCAGGCCAAAGGUCAAUGUUUCAGCCGGUGGAAGGCAGACUUCCAAAGCUAAAGCUAACUCUAAGUCUAAACAGAGCAGCGCUGGCAAAAGGUUGUAUUUGGAGCGUCAGAAGAACCACUUCCACAUUCACUCGGUGGCGUGCACGGGCACGGAGGUUCACCUGGCGGCGUGUCCUCUGGAGUUCAGCAAGCCGAACGCGACGUCUACCUGCGAGGGCGGCAUGGCGGCCGUCGUCAGCUGCAUGCCGGGGCCGCUGUUCAUGCAGAACAACGCCUUGAAAAAGAAAACUAAAACUUCGAGCAACGUGAGGCUGAAGGGAGGUGCCAGGGUGGGCGAGGGUCGGGUGGAGGUGCUGAAAGACAACGAGUGGGGAACCGUGUGUGACGAUCGCUGGAACCUGCAGUCGGCCAGCGUCGUCUGCAGGGAGCUCGGCUUCGGCAGCGCCAAGGAGGCGCUCACUGGAGGCCGCAUGGGACAAGGAAUGGGUCCGAUCUACAUGAACGAGGUGAAGUGCUUCGGCCAGGAGAGGUCCAUCUGGAACUGCCCCUUUAAAAACAUCACAUCGGAGGACUGUCAACACGUGGAGGACGCCUCCGUCCGCUGCAACGUGCCCCACAUGGGACUCGAGGACUCGAUCCGACUAACGGGAGGGCGGACCCGUUACGAGGGCCGCGUGGAGGUGCUGCGCUUGGACACUAACGGGACGCAGAGCUGGGGUCUGAUCUGUGGAGAGACCUGGAGCACCAAGGAGGCCAUAGUGGUCUGCAGGCAGCUGGGCCUGGGCUACGCUAACCAGGGCGUGCAAGAGACGUGGUACUGGGACAGCAGUAACGUGACGGAGAUGAUAAUGAGCGGCGUGAAGUGCGCGGGGAACGAGAUGUCUCUGGGUCAGUGCCAGCAUCACAAAACGCUCAGCUGCCAGAAAGCGGCGGCAAAGUUUGCAGCGGGAGUCAUCUGCUCUGACACGACCUCUGACCUCGUCCUGAACGCCCCUCUGGUCCAGCAGACGGUUUACAUCGAGGAUCGACCUCUGCACAUGCUCUACUGCUCUGCCGAGGAGGACUGCCUGUCAAAGUCUGCAGCCAAGGCCGACUGGCCCUACGGACACCGACGCCUGCUGCGCUUCUCCUCCCAGAUCCACAACAUCGGCCGGGCGGACUUCAAGCCGAAGGCUGGGCGCCACUCGUGGAUCUGGCACGCCUGCCAUGGCCACUACCACAGCAUGGAUAUUUUCACCCACUAUGAUCUGCUGAGCGCCAACGGGACCCGAGUGGCCGAGGGCCACAAAGCCAGCUUCUGUCUGGAGGACUCAGAUUGCCAGGAGGGUGUUUCCAAGCGCUACGAGUGCGCCAACUUUGGCGAUCAGGGCAUCACGGUGGGCUGCUGGGAUUUGUACCGCCACGACAUCGACUGCCAGUGGAUCGACAUCACGGACGUCAGACCUGGAAACUACAUUCUGCAGAUUGUUAUCAAUCCAAAUCAGGAAGUGUCUGAAAGCGACUUCACCAACAACGCCAUGAAAUGCAACUGUAAAUAUGAUGGACAUCGAGUCUGGCUCCAUAACUGCCACAUUGGUGAUGCGUUCAGCGAGGAGGCCGAGAGGCGGUUUGAGAAAUACCCCGGGCAGCUGAAUAACCAGAUUCCUUAAAAACACACUCCACCAGCUCAAACAGCGACACGCACGCCUUUUUGUUUUCAGGUGCCAAAAUGCAUUCCCCCAAAUAGUAUCAGGAGUCAUGGAAGGAGCCAACAGUAUUUUCCUGAAUGUGUUUCAUACAAUACUUGAAUAUUCAAGUGCUAAUGUUUCUCUUUUGUCAGUCUAAUGUGAGCUAAUGCUAUAUUUUUUAUUACAAUGAUUGUUAUGAAUGUUUCGAGUUAUGAAUGAGGUGUUUUAUUCUUUCUUUUUUCUUUUUUUUUCCAAGCGAGUAGAUUCAGAUCUAGCAGAGACUGUUAGCGUUAGCUGUAACGCAUAAAAAGACCGAGGCAGGAACUGGAAGAAAUGCAGCUCUGUGAGAGUCUUACUGGUCUUCAUACUGGGUAUCAUGGACAGAGGAGAUGGACUGUCCCGCCGCCUCAGACCAAAACAGUUCAUGUUACCUGGAUUAUUCACUCUGGGUGGAUUCACAUGAGCUACUGUUCAGUUUUCUGCCAUCUUGGUCACAGAAAUGGUUUUGGAGUUACAAUAGUUUGUGAAUGUAUUUAUUGAUAAAAUCAAGGUGCUCGUCAAUUUGCUUUGGGACCAGUUUGAAGCCGCCUUUUGGCUUUAGCCUGUGUGUAUUACUAUUAGGAGUCAUUUUAGGGUCAGAACACAGAUGUUAUCGGGCAAAAAAACUACAAUUACCCUCAAGAAUGUCUGUAUGUAUGCUGAUGUGAUCUCACCCGCUGCACCAAAUAAA